CUAAAAGAGGAGCUAAAAAGCUGCGUUAACCUUUGUCCUCCUGGACCAAAUGUUCUGCUGCUCUUAGUGAAACCUUCAGACUUCACAGAGAAGGAACGGCGGACUCUGAAGGCCACCCUGAGUUUGUUUGAAGAAGAUGCCUUUAAGCACUCAAUGGUCAUCCUAACUAAUGAGGAGAAAGACACAAGUUUUACUCUUAAUUCUAUAAUCAGAGAAUGUGAAGGCAGACAGUACAACCUGGCUGAAAAUAAUCACCAGAAAUUAAUGAUGAAGAUUGAAGACAUUGUGAACGGAAACAAAGGUGCCUUCCUUUCCAUCACCGAGGAUGGACAAGUCUUGAAAAGUGAACCAGCCCUGCCUUGUAUCAACCUGGUUCUGUGUGGGAGGAGUGGAGCAGGGAAGACCUCAGCAGCCAAGGCCAUCUUAGGUCAGACUGAGCUUCAUUCAGCCUCCAAGAUAUCAGAGAGCGUUAAAAACCAGGGAGAGGUCAGCGGACGUUGGGUCUCUGUGGUAGAGCUGCCUGCCUUGUACGGAAGAUCAGAGCGGGAAGUGAUGGAGGAAUCAUUCAGGUGCGUCUCCCUCUGUGAUCCUGAGGGGGUCCACGCCUUCAUCCUGGUCCUACCUGUGGGUCCCCUCACUGAUGAAGACAAAGGAGAGUUACAGACCAUCCAGGACACAUUCAGCUUCCGGGUCAACAACAACACAAUGGUUCUGUUCACUGCAGAGUCGGAUCCUUCACAUCCAACUGUUGAUAAAUUUCUUGAGGAAGAUGAGGACAUCCAGCUGCUGAUUCAGACAUGUAGAGGAAGACGCGUUGUUGUCAACAGCAGCAACAGGAAGCAGUUCUCUACUGUGAUAGAUUAUGUGGAGAGAAUGAGACAGCAAUGCUACACACCAGGAAACCUCUUAAAAGUCUACAUGGAUAAAAUCCUCCAGCUAGAGCAGAGCGUCACCAGACUGGAGAAGGAACUUUCUGUUCUGUCACUACAGAAAAAUCGAUAUGAACGUCUGCGGAUUGUUCUGCUUGGGAAGACUGGUUCUGGAAAGAGCUCAGCAGGAAACACUAUCCUGGGUAGAAACGCGUUUGAAGCCAAAUUAAGCCAAAUGUCAGUUACAAAGUUUUGCCAGAAAUCCCUGGGUGAGGUGGAUGGUCGUCCUAUCGCUGUGGUGGACACUCCUGGUUUGUUUGACAGCCGUCUUUCUCACAAAGAAGUAAAUCAAGAAUUGCUGAAAUGCAUCAGCCUUCUGGCCCCAGGUCCACAUGUCUUCCUGGUGGUGGUACCAAUUGGAGGAAGACUCACACCAGAAGAGAAGGAGACAUUAAAACUCAUUAAAGAAGGUUUUGGGAAGAAUUCAGAAAAGUUUACCAUCAUCCUCUUAACCCGAGGAGAUCAGCUCAAAGGGAAACAGUCCAUUGAGGAUUAUAUAGAAAAGGACUGUGAUGACUCCUUUAAGAAGCUUAUUCAUGACUGCGGGGGAAGGUACCAUGUGCUUGACAACAGCGACAUCCAAAACCGCAAACAAGUAACGGAGCUGAUCAGAAAGAUCGACACCAUGGUGGAUCAAAAUGGAGGCGGCUGCUUCACCAACGAGAUUCUGCAAGAGGCCGAAACAGCCAUACAGAAAGAAAUCCAGAGAAUCCUCAAGGAGAAAGAAGAAGAAAUGAAAAGAGAAAAGAAGGAACUAGAAGAAAUACACCUGAAAGAGAAGGAUGACAUGGACAGAAAAAUUAAAGAAGAAAGAGCAAAAACUGAACAAGAGAUCAAGCAGAAAGACGAAAAAAUUAAGAUGAUAAAGGAAAAACUUCAGCAUGCUCAAGAUGAGAGGAUGAAAGAAGAAGAACGGAGAAAAGAAGAAGAAGCCAAAUGGAAACGGGAGCGAGAGGCGUGGCUGGAAAGUCAUUACCAGAACGAAAACAUUUAUGAAGAAAUUUAUGAUCGCACGAUCACCUUUGAAAACGAACCAGAAGGUAAAAGUGAAAUCCAAGAGGCCUGGGAGAAAGAGAGGAAAGCUUUACUGGAGAAAUGGGAACAAGAAGACAAACAGAGGAAAGAGGAAGAAGAACAACUUGAAAUGUAUUAUGAGAAUGCAAAAGAAGAUUUUACAAGACAAAUGGAAAUGGAUAAAGUAAGGAAAGAAAUAGAGGCCAAGUACAGACAGGAAUUAGAUGAUAUGUUCAGGAAGAAUUUAGACAAACUGAGAGAAAAAUAUGAGGAGGAAGCCCGGCAGAAAGCUGAAGAGCUGAAUGACUUUAAAGAGAAAUAUUUUAAAGAAUUCGCAGCUCAGAAACAACAAUACGAAAAACAGCUCCAGGACAAAAACCAAAAGUAUAAUAUACUAAAGGCCCUAAAGGAUCUCAAUGAAAAGGAAAAUAGAACCAAACACAGAAAGGAAAUUAUUAAACUGGUGAACUGUGUGACAAGAAAGAAAGAGAAUAGGAGGAAAAUCAAAGACAUGCUGUCGAAACAAGACGACCGGAUGGAAAAGGCCAAAACUCGACAGGAAAUGCUAAAACUGGAGAAUGUUCACGACAAAGAGAUAAGUGAUCUGAUUCAGGAGCUUCUGGAAGAAAGUGAUGUAAAAACCGGCUGCUUCAUUUCAUGA